AUGACAACAAUUGUCUUACCACCAUACACACCACCUCCCCCUGUACCUUCCUACUCCCCCAAGCCAGCAGAUGACGAGUCGAUUGUGGCUCAUACUCCACGAAUUCGCGAACUUCCGACUGGGAGUUACAUCCAACGAUGUGGCAACGACGCGGUCGUUCUUGCAGACCAAGACCCCGCUGCUGAAAUUCCUUCUUACGGACGACAAGGUCUCAUCAAUGGCUUCGUGAGCGUUGAAGAACGCGAGACAGUAUCCGAAAUCGUGUUGAAGGUUAAGGGCAAGAUGGAUUUCAUGAUUUCGGAAGGCGGUUCAAUGAGCACCAAACUGUUCAACGACAGUUUCACGUUGUGGUCUUCUCAAAAGGCUUCCACAUCUGUGUCACCAAGCGCCGUCCCCUUCUCAGUGCCGAUUCGCGGCAAAUUUGAGGACGAAAACCUGGUGGCGCAUCCGUUGCCACCCUCGUAUGAAAUCCCAUGGACAACGGUCCCUGGGCUGUAUUUCAAGAGCAGCUAUUCCAUUUCUGUCACGAUCACUCGCUCCAGAAGUCGCAAGCUGCAAUUUUUGAACAAAAGUCGCACCAUCACUAUUCCCUUCGAAUAUGUUCCACGGCUACGGCCAUGGCGACCAAUUCAACCCUUCUCUGACUUGCGUGCUGACGUGAAGGCCAUGCCGGAGGAGUUUCGCCAACUCAGCUGGGAAGUGUCGCCCAGGCCAAAGUCAACAGCAUUGCCUUUGGACCUUCAUCUUUUCCUGCCCGCCGUCGAGAUCUUCGGUCUUGAUGACACCAUCCCCUUCCAUGUUCAACUUUCUGGGUCUGUGUCUGCGUUACAACACUUUGUAUCACCACACAGUACACACAGUGCAGCGACAAAGACCCAGCGAAAAGAAGGACUAAGUGUCUCUCUCGUCCGGCAAGUUGCCAUCGAGAUCAACGGGCGACGAGCCUCCCGUGCCUUCACUCUUGCUUCUGCAGCGCUCGUACUGCAGCCGCCCUCAUAUGAUUCCCUACCUUCCCUAGACUUCUCUGGCUCCCUUCGCCCCCACCAAAGCACCCAAACAGGCAUGUUUGACAUUGGUGCCGUUCGCGUACACGACUUUGUGGUCGUCGAGCUUUGGCCCAUAGACUUGGAUACCCUGCAUGGCUAUCAGACACUGCGGUACUCGCAUGCUGUGAAGCUUGUCACCGAUUCCUGGGUCGAUGCUGGGUCGAGCGCGGGUUCAGCAAUGGCUAGAUUCGCCCACAGGUAG